UCAAUCAAGCAUCGAAAAGACACGCGGAUGUCUGCCUGUCUGUCUGCCUGUAAUCUUAUCUUGCAUAUCGCAACUCCUCUGCGUUCGCCGUCUGGGUUCGCGUUGAGGGACAGCAGCAGCAGUAGCAGCAGCAGCAGCAGCAGCAGUGGCAGUGGCAGUGGCAGCAGCACCAAACCACCUGCGCUUCCGCUUCCACUGCACCCGUUCGGUCUUGUCUCCUGACCAACCUCAUCAGAGGGCAGAGGGCAGGGAGCAGAGAGAAACUCAGACAGCGCGGCCACCUGCCUGAAGGGGGCUCGCCUCGUACCCCUCCUUCUCUGUCCCUGUCGAAAACCGGCUGGCUGGCUGUCUGGCUGGACCCUCGACUUCGCCCUUGUUGGUCAACCUCUUGCCAACACCAACUCAAAAGCUCAACACGGCACUCGAAGUUGGCGCAAGAGGGCCGGUCAUUGGCCACGGCACGGUAUUUCGUUCCUUUCAAAACUAUCCAUACAUACAUAACCAGUCGUACCGACUCACCCCGGCCAUGCCCGUCAUGGAUGUCGCCGGCUCCGAACCCCGCGACCACAGCCUGGAACCCCGCCACGCCCACGACGCCGCCUUUAUCGACGGCAAGCUGAGUUUCGCCUCCCACCGCGGCACCGAGUCCGUCCGCCCCGAUGAGGUCGUCUUUGUCAUCCCCUCCCGCCCAGAUGUCGACUCGGGCCCCAUCAUCUGCGCACUCAGAGAGGACUCCGAGUCGGGGGAUUUCCCCUAUCAGCUCGACAUCCUCGUCGUCGCCGGCGACUUGCCCGCUGAGCUGACUGACGGCCUCUUGCUUUCACGCUUCCCCGAGCACCUCAACCCCGAGCCGGGCAGCCGCGAGGUGCACUUUGUCGUGUCUACCAAGUCGGGCUUGGGCCAUGCGCCAAAGUUUUGGGAUGCCGUCGUCCAGCCCUUGGUCGUCCUUGCCGGUCAGAAGACGUCCCGGGGCCAGUCCUCGACACUGCCUUCCGAACCACCUGCCCUUGACGCUCGUGAGGGCAAGCUUGGGUACAAUGUCCUGGUGACCGAGGACGCAGACAGCGUCCGCAACUUUGCAAAGGAGAGGUGGGCCGCGAGACAACACGUCUCGUCCAACGGGGCCGCCUCCCCUCCCAGAUCCGAGACCAUCGUCCUUCUGAGCGGCGACGGGGGCGUCGUCGACCUCCUCAACGGAUGCGAGGAGACGCACUCGGCAACUGCCCUGCCAACCCUCGCCCUCCUGCCGUUGGGUACCGGCAAUGCCGCCUUUCACUCCCUCCACAAGCCCCUCUACACCGAGACGGGGCCCUCGCACAUGGUCCUCGGCCUCCGCACCCUCUUUUUCGGCGUCCCGGCCCCGCUACCCGCCUUCCGCGCCUCCUUCUCUCCGGGCGCACGGUUGGUCUCCUACACCGCCGACCCGGGCGCGCACGCUCCUGAGGACGUUACUCGCCACGACACGAGCAUCGACCACCUCUUUGGCGCCAUUGUCGCCAGCUAUGGCUUCCACGCGCAGCUCGUCUGGGAGAGCGACACCCCCGAGUACCGCAAGCAUGGCAGCAAGCGUUUCGGCAUGGUGGCUCAGGAGCUGCUGAAGGAGAGCCACGCCUACGCCGCCACGGUCGAGGUGCGCCGUCCGGACGGCGUUACGAAACCCGUCGAGAGGGAGACCUUCGCCUACGCCCUCGCGGCCCUCGUAUCGAACCUGGAGAAGACGUUCACCAUCUCUCCCGGCAGCGGGCCGCUGCAGGGACGGCUAAAGCUGGUGCACUUUGGUGCCGUCGGUGGGGAGAAGACGAUGGAGAUCAUGAUGGCCGCCUACAAGCAGGGGUCGCACGUCGGCAUGCGGUGGACCGACGGCGACGGUCGCGAGGAUUACCUCGGGUACGAGGACGCCGAGGAAAUUCGAGUGACGAUUGGAGAGAGCGAUCCGCGGUGGCGCAAGGUGUGCAUCGACGGCACCAUCGUCGAGAUCCCUGAGGGCGGGUGGAUGGCCAUUUCCAAGCUCGAUAGACCACUGUUCCGGGUCCUUGCUGAUCGGUCGAUAUUGUAAACGGGAAGUUUGAGUUAGAUAUUACACUAAUCUAGAUCUGGUUCGAGCGGGCAGUAAACGAAGGAUGAUAGGGAGGGAGUUGGCAAGAGAUCUCAGUGGCGAAGAACUUGACAACGUUUCCUAUAGACAACAGAUACACGACGGGUCACAUGGUUGUUCACACAUGUGGUAUUUGGAUUUGAUAGAGAUGAAGGGACCCGCUCUUAGCCUACAAAAGUCUGCCGGUGCAGUCUUCAUUCUCACAAAGUGGUAUGACACAACCCCCACGUCCACACCCGCAUUGUGUACUUUGCGUUGCAUGUUGCAUAUACACAGCACGGCGGAAAUGUAUGGUGGCAGUGCCCACCUAGAGCUCAAUGCAACCAUGAUAGACGACAACGAGAUUUAGUUUUGGGCUUGGAUCCAAAACGCCAGUGUAUCCCGAUCUAGCCUAUCCCCAAGUGUGAUCUCAAGUCAUUUGCCCUUCCCCCUUCUAACGCCUCGACAUGGGUAUGUUGUAACCCCUUUCUCUUCCCAUCUGAUUCGUGCUUAUACUGCUUUUUCUGUUGUGUUGUGUUGUGUUUUGCUGUGUUGUGUUGGUAUUGAUUUAGGUGCGCGUUCCAUGGUUGCUUGUUUUCAUGGCUGCACAGAGUGAUGGCCGCCCCCCCAACGCUGACG